CGGGAGCGCGGCGUCGAGGGUCUGGCGUAGCUGUGGCCGGGGACCCUGCGUCUUCCGGCUGAGCUGCCGGUGCUGCGUAGCCGCGGGGUCGCAGCUGCCCGGCCGUGAGCGACCCGGCACUCCCGGGCGCCCGCGGGCAUUGUCUCCGCCGCCGGCGUCCCUGGAGGCCAACGCCUGGCCAUGAUCGACUCGGUGAAGCUGCGCCGCGACAGUGCGGCCGACUUCUUCUCGCACUAUGAAUACCUGUGCGCGCUGCAGGACUCGGUGCCGCUGCCCUCGGUGCGCGCUUGCCUGCGGGAGGGCGUGCUGGACUUCAAUGCCGACCGCCUGCGCCUCGUGGACUGGGCGCCGCUCCUGAGCACCCUCAAGAUUAAUAAAGAUCUGCCCCUAGUCUCUAUCAAGAGCUUCUUCCAGCCGUGGCUUGGCGAAACAGGUUCUGACAGAAGUAAAGUUUGCAGAAGUCGUGUUCCUGCGAUAAGAAACAAAGAUGUGACCUUCCAGUUAUGUAAAUCUCUCAAGUGCUGUUUAAGUAUAUCAAGUGCACUCAAGAAUCUGGAGCUGAACGGACUAGUACUGCGCGAGAGAGAUUUGACUGCCUUGACAAAGGGAUUGAAUAAAUCCACCUCUCUGGUGCACCUGUCUCUUGCAAACUGCCCAGUUGGAGACGGAGGUUUAGAAAUUAUUUGUCAAGGUAUAAAGAACUCUAUCACUCUUAAGACAGUAAACUUCACGGGGUGUAAUCUGACAUGGCAGGGAGCAGAUCACAUGGCCAAGAUCUUAAAGUAUCAGACCAUGAGAAGGCACGAAGAAAUCUGGGCGGAGAGUCUUCGUUACAGGAGGCCUGAUCUGGACUGUAUGGCUGGUCUGAGGCGCAUCACCUUGAACUGCAACACGCUCAUUGGUGACCUUGGCGCAAGUGCUUUUGCAGAAUCUCUCAGUGAGGAUUUAUGGCUUAGAGCACUUGACCUGCAGCAGUGUGGCCUCACCAAUGAAGGAGCAAAGGCUUUACUAAAGGCCCUCGAAACCAACAGAACUCUGGUCGUUCUGGAUAUAAGAAAAAAUCCACUCGUUGAUCAUUCUGUGAUGAAAGCAGUUAUCAAAAAAGUUCUCCAGAAUGGAAGGAGUGCCAAGUCAGAGUACCAGUGGAUAACUUCUCCAUCAGUGAAGGAGCCAUUCAAAACUGCUAGACAGAAAAAGAGAACUAUAAUUCUGGGAAAUGGUCGGAAGGGGAAAGCUACUAUUAGAAUUGGAUUGGCCACGAAGAAACCUGUAAGCAAUGGAAGAAAACACUCCCUUGGUAAAGAGUGUUACGCUCCUGAACCUCUACCUCCUGGCGUGUCUGGUUUCCUGCCGUGGCGCACAGCGGAACGUGCAAAAAGGAGCAGGGGUUUUCCAUUAAUCAAAACUCGUGAUGUAUAUAAUCAUUUGCAGCAAUCAGAUUUUCCUGUGACUGUGACAGUAGAGAGUCCUUCCUCCUCUGAAAUUGAAGAGGUCGACGAUUCAUCCGAAAGUGUUCAAGAGCAGCCUGAGAAAACCAGUUUAAAACAAGAAGCAUUAGAGGAGAAACUGGAAGAGUGCCUAAAGCAGUUGAAGGAGGAAAGAGUAAUAAGAUUUAAGGCUGAUAAACGAGUCAGUGAGCUGGAACAUGAAAAUGCCCAGUUAAGAAAUAUAAACUUCUCUUUGUCUGAAGCCCUGCAUGCACAGUCCUUGACAAGCAUGAUCCUGGAUGAUGAAGGUGUUUUGGGCAGCAUUGAGAAUUCUUUUCAGAAGUUCCAUGCUUUCUUGGACCUCCUUAAAGAUGCCGGGCUUGGGCAGUUUGCCACAAUGGCUGGUAUAGAUCAGUCAGAUUUUCAUUUACUGGGUCGUCCCCAGAUGAAUUCUACUCUUAGUAGUCUGCCUAAGGAAGAAAAGAAGGCACUUGAAGAAGAAAAACCAGAAUCAAAGCAGAACCCUCUAGGACAAAUGCAAAAUAUCCAAGUUUCUAUUUGUAUGCAGUCAGCUUACAAUGAAGGAACACUAAUGAAGUUUCAGAAAAUUACAGGUGAUGCUAGAAUUCCUUUGCCUCUCGACUCCUUCCGUGUGCCCGUUUCCACGCAGGAGCCCUUAGAAACUUCUAGAGACAACCUGGAAGUCCCAGUCAAUGAACAGCAGCAGGACUCUAUCAAAGAAUUCAUUGCUAGAACAUGUUCUCCUUCAGCAGAUUUGAUGUCUGGAACUGGAAGCCAAAGAAAAGAAGAUGAAUUGUCUAGAAAUAACAGAUCUUCUUCAGAGAAAAUGACCAAAACAGAAUCUCACUGAAAUGACUGGAGAAAUAUUAAAAAUAGAUUAAUAGCAGAGUUGGAAAACCAGAAAAUGAACAGUGGAAUUACUAGAAGAUAAAAAAUAGAUUAUCAAAGGAUCAGUUAAUUAAAGAGUGAAACGGUUCAGCUAUUCCUCGCACCUCUGAAGCACCUAAUUCUGGACUUUAACACCAGGCUAAGGCUCAGAAAGGCUCCUACCUACUUUGAGGUAGGAGUUCUAAUGCAGAACACACUGGGAUCAGAGAAGAAGGGUGUUAUCCAGAUGACUCCAAGUAGGAACUGAAGAUGUGCUGUCACCCAUUCACUCUGGCUGUGGGGACCAGCCACUCCCUUUCAAAUCACCAGAGUGCCAUGAUCAACAUUUGUGUUUGCUGAAAGUGAAACAAUUAUUUGGCUGAGGAAAAGCACUUCAAACUAUAAUCUUAGGUCCGCAUCUAUAAAUAUGCCAAAAAUCAGGAAGAAAACCAGUAUUGUAAAAGGAAAGAGCAAAUUAAAACAAAUUAACCUGUUCAAGAAAGUAAUUAGUAGAAGAAACAGAAGAAAUUUAAAAAUGAUUAUGAUUAAGUUCUUCAGAGAGUCAUAAGGAUAUUGUAUCCAUAAGGAAUAAGAUGCUAGGA